CCUUGGUGUCGGCAUUUUUCUUGCCGCCAAACUUACGCCAGAAUGGAUUUGGUCGCAGGUAUUCGCAAGGAAGGUAGCCGCGGUGGCCGCGGCGAUUUCAAAUGGUCCGAUGUCAAAGACUCCUCACACCGCGAAAACUACCUGGGCCACUCUCUCAUGGCUCCCGUCGGUCGCUGGCAGCAAGGCAAAGAUUUGACAUGGUAUGCUAAAGGCGAAGCUGAUGAUGAGGACCAAGCAAGGAAAGAUCGUGAGGAGAAACAACGCGUCAAAGAAGCCGAGGAAGAAGCAAUGGCGCGAGCUUUGGGACUACCUAUCCCCGCUAAGGCCUCGGACAACGCCAACCUGACCCCACUCGGUGGCCCGCAAGGAGCUGAGGAUCAGAAAGGUGAAGAGGCUGCCAAAGGAAUCGGUUCCGGGCCCUCUCGGAGUGAUGCUGACCCGCGCUCCAGUCGGAGACGGAGAGGCGGACACAGCCGGAGUCCUGACAGAGACAGAGACCGGAGGCGAGACUGGGCGACUGAUAGGGAUAGGGACAGGGACAGGGACAGGGAUAGAGAACGGGAGCGUAGGCAUCGCAGACACCGUGACGAUGGCGACCGUCAUCAUCGGAGUCACCGACACAGAUCGCGGUCUAGGUCCCGAGAUCGGGAUCACAGAAGAAGACUAUCCCGCUCGCGAAGUAAAGAAAGAGCAGGUGAUGAUUACAGAAGACGCCGAGACGAUCGUCAUCGGGAAGAACCGUCGGACAAGGGUUUCUCUAACCGUCGCCGCUAUUAAACCUGCAAUCUACUUGCAUGCAUGGAGUCAGGAGUUCGGGAAGAAAGCAACAUUGUACAGUUCUAUCGAAAUCUUGCUAUCUUUUGUUUAACCUUCGUCGGCCUAUGUUUACAAUUCAUCAUGGCCCUGCGCCUCGAGGGCGGGGAGAUCAGGCAUGGACAUGAUCUUCACAACCAUACUUGUCCAGCCAGUGAAAUGCUGUGUUCGCUGUCCUUGGCCGGUUUCGGGAUUGUACUGCUCCCAAGCAAAACCGGUCUCCUUCCAUUGUCUAAAGACAUUCUCGACCAAGUUCUUCCGCAGGUUGGAAUACAGCUCCCGGGCCUGCUCCCUGUGAGGACCGGGUUUGAUUGCAAUAUCGUAGAGAUUCUUGACCACCAGAUAGUUAAUGUUGACCCAGAUGGGACUUCUCCAAU